UGUUUUUGUUUUGCAUUGUGUGCGCCGUGCGGUGUGAGGGUGGGGAAUAAAGUUGAGUGAUUCGUGAAGGUGAUUUUCAUGACCAUGAUGUGCUGUAUUUCAGAAAGUCCUUCGUACGCGUGAUAAUUACCGUUCAGCCAUCGUAAACAUACUUUGAUUAUUUAAAACGCAUGAAAUGGCAGCCAUACUGCGUGUCAAACGCCGUUGCGACGAGGAUCCCCACGAAGCUCUAUUAUUAUCCUGCAAGAGACUGAAACAUGAUGAAACUCCAGAGAGUAACUCGCAUUCUUACACAGCGCUGCUUCAGUUUGCCGGCACGAUUAACACACAGGAAGAAAAUGUGGCACAGCAUAUACUCAAGAAAUCAAAGAAGUCCAUUCCCAGGACAUCAAAGAAGCAUGUCACCAACAUACUAGAGAAACUUCGUGCAGAAAGCAAGCAAAUAUCACAAGAAAACAGAUUUAAGGUUGUGAACUGCUUCAGAGCACUUAACACAGCUGACACAGACGAUGAGAAGUCACCGCCCACAGAAGCAGCUGGAUCUGGAGAAAAGGAAGGGAGUCAAAUGAUAACAGUGGUUGAUAUUGAAAAAAGUCCACCAGAGAGGAAUAAAGAUCAUACUACACCAUCAGAGAUAACAAACCCUUCUAGCGAAGAUAAAAACUACGUAUAUGAUUUGUAUUACACAGAAAAGAUUGAUUUUGAUGACAUGUUGUUGGACACUCAACUGAGUAUCCAUCCUAUGGAAUCAGAACUGGUAUAUGAUGUAGAUGAAGACGAUGAUAAAUCUCAGUUGGAGGAAGAGGACAGUGAUUCAAAUGAUGAAAAUAAUUGGCGCAAUGAUUAUCCAGAUUCUGAUAAUAGUAUCAAUGAAGAUGACAUGAUGCUGGCCAUGCAGAUGGAUGACAUGAAUAUAGAUAAUGAGCUUUCAAGUGAUGAUGGAGAGGAAGAUUAUAUUUAUAGUAAGGAAGCUGAUCCAAAGGAUAUCAGACUUUAUGGCUCCUCCUACGCACGUUACAAGAGGAGGAUGAUGGCUGAAUUAGAUGAUGCUGACUCAGAUGACUCUAAUAGCAGCUAGUAUAUUAAGUGAGACAAGUAGAAGCUUAACUAAAAACAGAGAAGAUAUGAAAAGUUUUGUGUUUCUGGACAUACAAUUAUGUAGAUAACAUUUUUCUAAAACCAUUUGAAAAUAAGUGAAAAGUGUAGCAUAUGUGGACUCUCACUGUGUUUCCAAAUUUUAUUACCCAUCAUUGUUCUGAAAGAAAUAGUUACCACAAUGUAUUCAGUGAUUUCUGUUGUUGAUCACCUACAAUUUUUUUCCCCCCAUUGAUACUUCACUGCAGCAUCAGUUUGGAUGUUUAAGUCUCAGCAUAGCUAUAUGAAAAAAUUCAUGGACCAGUUAUGAUGUUUUGUUAAAUUAGACAUAUUUAUGUGACUUCGUAUAUGUCAUGAAUACAAAACUUACUGAGCCUUGUACUACA